AUGUACAAAAUUGAGCUUGUUGGCCAGGAUGACCCCAUCCUAAAAGGCUGCUUGCUGAAGGCUGCGUAUGAUCAGGUUCUCACCAGCACCUCACUUCACCACGCAAACACCCCCACCACAAAGCUAUAUUUCAGCCAUAAAAUAUUCCUGCUGAUCAUGCAGACCGCUCAGCUUGACAUGGACGCCCACGCUUGCGAGGAAGCUGGUGGCACGUCCCACCAGUUCUUCAUGGACCUCCCCAGCACGUACUACCCCACUGAUGGGUUUGCCAUAUCCAAAGGACAGCCACUGGACAGCAACAUGCAACUCAAGCUUCCCAUCUGUGCCACAUCGCUGCCAGGCUUCUUGCACUCCAUCCACAACUUGUACAAGGAGGCUCCGUACAUGUAUCGCCCACUCUCAGCUCCCACAACAUCCAACCCGCCUAUCCUGGAGUACCCUAAGGCCCCGAUCGGGACACCGGGUUGGGUUAGGUUGGGUUGGGUUCGGUUGAGUUGA